AUGGCUCCUGACGAAGAAGAGUUGACAGUUGGGAAACCCAAGGAAGUGGACAUGAUCACAUCAAUCCGUUGCCUUGGUUACCUGUCGAGCCUUAAUCUCCUGGUGGCUGUAUGCGUCGGAAUGUAUGUCCGAUGGGAGGUGACGAGCGAACCGAUGAUCCUUGUCAUCUUCAUCCUGGGUCUUUUCGUCCUGGGAAUCGCGAGCAUCCUUCACUACUACUUUGGGAUGGAGCAAGUCAGCUUGAGCCUGUUCCAUUUGUGGUUUGGCUUCCUGCUCGGGCUCCUGUGCUUCCUCAACAGUCCUGCUUUGGAUUCCAAUGUCAAGGAAGUGGUUGCCAACUAUCUCCUGUUGGCUAGUGUGGUCAUGAAAGCAGUAUGGGCUGUGACUGAGCGUAUAUGCCAGUCCAUUCGCUAUAAAGCCUGUUUGCUGAAGUCCACAGAGUUCCUGGAACUGCUCGGGUUUGCUAUCGCUAGCACCACUAUGCUGCUGAACAAGUCAGUCGCCAUUGUUGGACUCAUGGUGGCUCUGGGCGCGCUUGUCGUGGACUUGAGGAUGAAGUCACUAUUCGCUUUGCCCAACCUGGUCAGCUUUGCGCUUGUGACCUCCCUGGUGUUUUUUCAAGCCUUGGGCAUCGCCGCCAACCCCUUCGCCUUAGGGUGCUACCUCGGCAGGCUGUUGAGCGAGCCGGUUUUGGACGUGUACUUCAGCCCACUUGGCGCCACCGACCGCUGGACACCUGUGCUCACUUUGAGCAAUAUGUGGAGGCGGUUGUCCCUCCCGCCGUUGAGCCUUCUGGAGCUGACCUUCAUUGUCCUGGCGGCUUUUAAGCUCAGCCACUUGGAUCUUUGGUAUUUGGUGAUCCCAGGCUUUUGCCUCUUCGGCCUCUUCUGGUCCAUCUGUCACGUCAUUCUUCUCAUCACAAUAUGGGGCUUCCAUACCAAGCUGAGCGAGUGCCAGAAGGCCUGGCGGGCACAGCGCUCUAGCAGCCGCAGCCUAGAUCAGGUCAUGGCCUCCAGGGGAAUCCGACACUUUUGCCUCAUUUCCGAGCGCCUGGUGUUCUUCAGUUUGCUCUCCACAGUCAUAUUGGGUGCUGUAUCCUGGCAGCCGGCCAACGGUCUCUUCCUAAGCGCUCUGCUGAUUGUGCUGCCUUUGGAGUCGUUGGCGCACGGGCUGUUCCACGAACUGGGCAGCUGUCUUGGAGGCACCUGCGUCGGAUACGCUUUGGUCAUCCCCACGACAUUCUGCUGCGCUGAUGGCCAGGCCACCCUGCUGCCCCCGGAGCAGGCCCAGCAGUUGAACCUUCGCUCCACGAGCAUGCUGAACAACGUGCAGCGUCUCUUCUCGCACCACAUGAUCCAAACCUUCGGUUGCGACUACUCGGCUAGCGGCGUUACAUUAGAGACGUUGCACGCGAAGCUGCGCAACUUCCUGGAACUGCGGACAGUGGACGGCCCGCGCCAUGACACUUACCUAAUCUUCUACAGCGGACACACGGACAAGGGAAGCGGAGCCUGGGCUCUAGCAGGAGGUGAGAGUCUUCAUCUGGCCCAGCUUUUGGAGUUAUGGAAGGAGAAGAACGCAGGCCACUGCUCGCGUCUCAUCCUGGUCCUGGACACCGAAAACUCCCUACAAUGGGUCAAAGAGGUACGUAGGAUAGACGGGGUCUACAUAGCCGUGCAAACAACCGACCUAUCCGUCGUCGCACCCGACCCGGAAAUGGGCGAAUCGCCCGCACUCGGAGACUUCACUUCCGAAUGGGUUGAGUUCAACUGCAACCCGAACAGCGACACUCAGUGGUCAGACAAGGGACGCGGCAUGGCGGCGGUCUACGGCGUGUCCAAACGCUGGAGCGACUACACACUUCACCUUCCGACGGGUAGCGACGUGGCCAAGCAUUGGAAGACCCAUUUUCCCAAGGCGACGUAUCCCAUGGUGCACUUGUCCAACUGGUGCUGCGGCCUCAACCUGUUUUGGUUUUGCAGCGUGUGUUUGCGCUGCUUUCAGAGGUGCAAACUUGCUUGGUUCCCGCCAGCUGUUUUGGACACUGGGUUAGGUCUUAAAUUGGUGAAGUCGUAG